CUCGGAGCAGCCGGGGCGCGGGCGUCCGAGGCGAGCCCCGAACCCCGGCUCCCGGCGCGGGCGAGGGCGGAGCGGGCGCGGCGCUGCGGGCGGCCUCUAGGCCCCGGGGCGCCCGCCGGGGAGGAGCCGGGGAGGAGGCCGGAGCCGCAUGGAGUUUCUGGGGCGCGCAACUCCGGCGGGGCCUCGGCCACUGGGCUCCGGGGCGCAGCGAGGCGGCCGCGCACAUGGGCUGAGCCCGCGCGCCGGGGCUCCGCACGGCCGGCGGCAGCGGGAGGGGUAGAGCCGCGCGCCGUGCCGGGGUGCGGGGCACGCGUCCCCAGACGGGAGCGGAGGACAAGGACGGGGAGGAGCGUGCCCGGAUCGCGCUCCGAGCCGACGAGGGGCUCGCGCCGGCCCGGCGCGCGCUUGGGGAGCGGCCCGGGGCGCCGUGGGAGCCGGCGGCAGCGAGGAUGCCGGCGCGGGGACGCGGCCGCCGGCUGGGGGUGUGAGCGCCGGGGGAGCAGCCGCGCCGCCCCCUCCCUGCGGGCCUCGGAGGAAGCCCCCCGCGCCGCGCCGAGGCGCCUCGGAACCCGGGCUUCGGGGCGGCGGGCCCGCGCGGCCGGCCCCGGCCCAGCCAGAGGGAAAAGAUGCCUUUCCACCACGUGACCGCCGGCUUGCUGUACAAGGGGAAUUACCUCAACCGCUCUCUCUCCGCUGGCAGCGACAGCGAGCAGCUUGCAAACAUCUCCGUGGAGGAGCUGGACGAGAUCCGAGAGGCCUUUCGGGUUCUGGACCGCGAUGGGAACGGCUUCAUCUCCAAGCAGGAGCUGGGCAUGGCCAUGCGCUCACUGGGGUACAUGCCAAGCGAGGUGGAGCUGGCCAUCAUCAUGCAGCGCCUGGACAUGGACGGGGAUGGCCAGGUGGACUUUGAUGAAUUCAUGACAAUUCUUGGCCCCAAACUGGUGUCUUCAGAAGGUCGCGAUGGUUUUCUUGGAAACACAAUAGAUAGCAUAUUCUGGCAGUUCGACAUGCAGAGGAUAACGCUGGAGGAGCUGAAGCUCAUCCUCUACCACGCCUUCCGGGACCACCUGACCAUGAAGGACAUCGAGAACAUCAUCACCAACGAGGAGGAGAGCCUGCAGGAGACGUCGGAGAGCUGCCAGACGGAGUUCGAGGGAGUGCACUCCCAGAAGCAGAACAGGCAGACGUGCGUCCGCAAGAGCCUCAUCUGCGCCUUCGCCAUGGCCUUCAUCAUCAGCGUCAUGCUGAUCGCCGCCAACCAGAUCCUGCGCAGCGGCAUGGAGUAGCCGCGGCGCCCGGCCCGGCCUGCAUGUGCAUGGCCCGCGCGGAUCCGGCUCCUGCGCGCCCGGCGCGGCUCCCAGCGGGACCCGAGGCCGCAGCACGGCCGGUGUCACUCACCCGCUCCAUCUCCUUGGCAGGGACACAAAAGGGCUGUCUUACACGCUUUAAGGGUUUCCUUCCCAAUGCAAUGAAGUAGCCGGGAGUCCCAGCGACUGCGCGCACCACCCCUUAGGAACUCUG